AUGCAAUUGGAGUCCGCUUCUCAGCCGCCGCCGGCGGAGCUCUCUACGCAGCCGGCGGGUUCAGAAUCAGGGGACCCCCCCCCGCUCCACCGUUUGUUUGUGGGUUCGGUGCCGCGGACCGCAGUGGAGGCCACUCUACGCGAGUACUUCGAACAGUGUGGCGUGGUCCGGGACCUGGCCGUCCUGCGUGACCGUACCUCGGGCAAGUCCCGGGGCUGUGCGUUCGUGAGCUAUCUAACGUUGGAGGAAGCGGAGGCAGCCAUCCAGAAAUUCGACCGGCAACUCAUGCUGCCAGGGUCUCAGACCCCGCUGGAGGUCCGCUUUGCAAAGAACCAUUCAUACGUUCAAGCUGGAGAGGGCCCUUCAGGCAACCGUCAGAUCUUCUUCUCCAGGGUUCCCCUAACCCUCAAGGUAUGCCACCAUGUUGCGUACGAGGAGGAUGAGAUUUUGUCGCUUUUCCUCGCGUAUGGAGAGGUGGAGACCAUUAACGUGUUCAAGUGCCGUAGAUCAGGCAGAAGCAAAGGUUGCGGCUUCAUAGAGAUGAGGACCCGGGAGGCGGCCAUCGCAGCUAUGGAGAACCUCGACGAGCGGCACGUGUUCGAUAGCACGGGAACCGCCAUUUCAGUUCGUUGGGCUGAUCCGGACUUGCAACAGCGUAAGAAGAAGGCUAUGGACGAUGCCAAUGCGGAGAAUCGGAUGCUGUUCUUCGCGAAGGUCCUCCGGUCUACAACAGAGGACGACGUGCGCCGCCUGUUCUCGCGCUUCGGCAAGGUGUACGACAUAAACUUGUUCCGGGCCUUUCAAGGUGCACCUACAACCAAGGGCUGUGGACUGGUGACCAUGUCGCAGCACUCUGACGCAGUGGCCGCCAUUGCAGCUCUCGACGGCAUUCAUGUGUGGGAGGGCAUGGACUGCCCCAUGGUAGUCAAGUGGAUGGACACCGCGUUACAGCGGCGCCGCCGCGAGCAGCACCUUGCCAACAUUCGGCAAACACCCCUUCCCUCCAGCAGCAUCGGGGCGCUGCUGGGCGGCCAGGGGCCGCCACCAGACCCCCAGCAGCAGCAGCCGCAACAACAGCAACAACAGCAACAACAGCAACAACAACAACAACAACAACAGGAGCAGCAGGAGCACCGGAACCAGCAGCAACAACAGUUAUCAUACCAGACGGUACAGCACCAGCACCACCAGCAGCACCAGCAGCACCAGCACCAGCAGCACCAGCACCAGCACCAGCACCACCAGCACCACCAGCAGCAAUUGCAAACAGUGAUACAGUUGGGCGCACAGCCUGCAAGGGUCGCCUCCGCCUCCACUAGCGGCGGCGGCGCCGUCGGCCCCGGCGCCGGGCUCACAAUCGUUGCGGAACCGCCGCCAGCGGGGCACCUGCAGCCUCCGGCAGUGGCGGCGGCGCACCCGCCGCUGGGCAAUAACAGCGGAGCUGGCGGCGGCGGCGGCGGCGGCGGCGGCCUGAUAGCCGACCUUACCGUCUUCCCGGCCGCGGAUUCCGCGGGCGGGCCCCCCCUAGAGCUUCCGCCGCCGGGCUGCAAUCCCGAUGUCGUCAAGCUGUUCAUUGGUAACAUUCCCAGAGGAUGCACGGAGAAACACCUGCUGGCCUUGUUCCAAAGCAUUGGAAAGGUGGUGGAGCUCGUCAUUAUGUACGACAAGGUGACGCGCGAGCCCAAAGGCUCGGCCUUCGUGUGGUACGCCACGCGCGAAGACGCGGAGCGCGCUAUCCUGCAGUUUAACCUCAGACCGGUGUUUCCAGACCCAUCCGGGGCACAAGAUCGCCCCCUGGUGGUGCGUAAGGCGAAGGCGCGGAGCAGCCGGAUGGUGGUGUCGGCGGCGAGCAUGUAUGCGGCGGCGACGACGCUGGGACAGGCAGCGCCACUUGGCGCUAUGCCGUACACCCAGCGCUUCGUUAACGUCGGCGGCGACGGUGGCGCUGGCAGCGCUGGCAGUAGCGGCCUAACGGUCCUGUCACUACCAGCUGCCAUGGAGGGCUUGCAGAUCGUGGACGGGUCCGCGUUGGGAGCGGGCAUCGGUGCUAGCAUGGGGGUAAACAUGUCUGUGGGCGUGAGCGGCGCCCCGGCGCAAGUGCCAGGGGCCGCGGUGGCGGCUGGGACGGCCGCCGGGCCGCAUCCGGGGCUUAUGCACGCGGGACAGGUACCGGUCGUUGGCGGCGGCGGCGGCGGCGGCGGUGGCGGUGGCGACGGCAGCCGCAUGGGAGCUGGGGGUCACGGCCGCGGCAUGAUGGGCAUGGUUGCGCUCGCGCCGUCUGGGGCGAUGGCGGCGGGGCUGUACGAUGCGUACGGAACAGGUGAACACCUCCUCGCGGACUUUGGAACUGCCGCCGUACUACCGGCUAACCAGACAGCCUCCGUUUCUGCCGCCAGCGGUGGCGCCGGCGGCAGCAGCGGCGGAGGUUACGCUGUGCUGCUCCCCUCUGCCACCGGCUCUAACCAAUGGGAUGCCGCCGCCGCCGCCACGGCUGCAUCCAUCGCCUUGACUCACUCGCAGCUUCAGUCACUCAACCAGCACUUGUACGGCGUGCAGGCCGUCAGCGGGGCCGCGUUGCAGCUCGCGGCGAGUGGACCGGGGCUCAUUCAGCUGUAUAUGUCGGGCCAGCCAAUACCGCACUGGCCGCAGCUGGCAUCCUGUACUGUGACCGCGCGCCUUACUCUUCCCCCUUUCCCCGGGGGUGGCCGCUUUCUGAAGACGCUGCUGUGCCUUCAUGACAGCGGCGGCCUGGUGGUAGUGAAGGUCUACUUUAAGCGACCUGACACCGCCGCCGGGGGAUUGGAGCCGUACAAGCAGCAGCUGACGGCCAUACGGUAUUUUUGGCAGGAGAGCCAAUACGUGGGGUAUCUCGUACGGCAGCACCUGGCCCAGAACUUGUACGACAGGCUCUCCACACGGCCCUUCAUGUCCAAAUUGGAAAAGCGCUGGGUGGCCUUCCAGCUUCUGCUCGCGGCCGCCCAGAUCCACAACCGCGGGGUGGUCCACGGCGACAUCAAGUCCGAGAACGUGCUGAUGUCCAGCUGGUCGUGGGUCUUCCUGGCGGAUUUCGCUGCGGGGCUCAAACCUGCGGCACUGCCCGCGGAUAACCCGGCGGAGUACUCGUUCUUUUUCGACACCGGUGGUCGCCGCCGCGCCUACAUCGCCCCCGAGCGCUUCUUCUCUUCGGACAGCAAACCCCGCACCACCAGUCUCACGCCCGAGAUGGCCCUGAUGGACUCCGAGCCUCGUGUGGUGUGUGACGCGCUCAGGAAGCGCUCCAUGCUGUCAGCUGCCGCCAAGGUGGUGCCGCUGCUGCGACACGAGAGUCCAGUGGUGCGCGGGUCGGCGGUGGCGCUGGUGGCGGCAGCAGCGGGUCACCUGCCCCUGGCUGACGUGUUCGCUCAGCUUGCCGUACUUGUGAAGCCGUACUUGCGGAGGAUGCCCCCCCUGCUCACCGACCAGCAGCUGGUAGCGGACUGCCUGAUGUCACACGGAGCAGCCGAGACGCUCUCAGCAGCCAGAGACAAGCUAGCGGCGCCGCUGCGCUGCGGCGCCGCCGCCGCCGCCGCUGCCGCCUCCAGCGGCACCCACCCAUCUCCAUCGUCUUCGACGUCGCUGCGAAUGGCGCCGGAGCCCCCGCGGCUCGGGGGUGGUGACGGUGGAUGUGGUGGCGGCCCAGCGGACAGCGGCGAGGUGAGCUUCCAAGGGUACCCCCUCUUGGAGGGGCUGUGUGGAGCAGAGGACCUUGGGGACCUGUUCCUAAGACCCGCCGCACCGCUGUACACGUACGACCUGUCCAUGGAUCCAUCGGCGGCCGCCACGGCGGCCCUGGCCGCCGCCGGCGCCGAGGGCACCGGCGGCGCCGCUGCCGCUGCCGCGGCUGCCAUCGCCGCUGCUACUGCCACGACUGGCGGCGGCGGAGCCGCCGCUGCCCCCGCGGCGGCGUCCGCCGCUGCCGCCGUGCCUGGCCCCGGCUUGAGCAGCCACGCCGCUGCACUGGCUACUUUGUGCGGGCGGUUGUCCUCCCUGGAGCCCCGGGUGGCCGUACUGGCUGAGCGGUUGGCGCGGGAGCCCAUGGGGGUGGACCCACUCGAGCGACAGCAGCUGGAGAGACUCGCAGGUCUGCUGGCGAGGCUUCGUGGGGACGAGGGCAGUGAUGUCCGGGGCGCAGCGGCGCGGGAUACUUGGCGAUUGGUGUCGCUAUCGCAGCGGGGGCCGCCGCCUCUGACUUCUGCCGCGGGUCCGAUAGGUGCCGGCGGCGGCGGUGGGGGUGCUGGUGGCGGAUUGUUGGGAGCGGCGGUGCAACACGGGGACUACUUCUCUGUUUCCGGAGGGCCCUUCACCUCCGACUCCACCUCCCCCCACCUCUUGUGGGGAGCCGACCGAGGUGACGGCGCGGGAGCCGGCUCGGCGGGGGGCGGUGGUGGCGGUGGCGGUGGAGGAGGGGGCGGAGGAGGAGGGGGCGGGUGGUGGCGGCCCCGCGGUGUGCUUGUGGGUCACCUGGCCGAGCACCGGCGGGGGGUGACCCGGCUGGCAGUGGGUGCGGGGGGCUGCUUCCUGGCCUCAGCCUCGGCGGAUGAGACAGUCAAGGUGUGGGACCUACGUCGUCUGGAGCGCGACGUGGCCUUCCACAGCCGACUUACAUACGCCGCACAGACAGGCCGCAUCACCGCGCUGUGUUGCUGCGGGGGCCCCUGGAGCACACCGGGGGGAGAAGGGGGGGCCCCCUGGAGCUCCGGAACCACGGUGGCUUCGGGCAGCUCCUCUGGCUCACUGCACCUGUGGCGGCCCGAAUACACGACACGCCAGGGGGGCGUGCCGGACAAGUACACGGGCGUCGUGGCAGUACGGCAGUUGUCUCCCGGGCAGGGCGCCAUCCUCACGGUGGAGCCCUGGGGUCCCCACCUGCUGUUGUACGUCACCCAGCGGGGGGGAGUGACGGCCUGGGACACACGAACACAGCGCGACGCGUGGGUGCUGCCGUGUGCCCCGGCCCACGGACUGCCCGAGCACCUGCUGGCGGACCCUUCACAGUCAGCCAGCUGGCUCAUGACGGGUGGGGCCGGCAGCAGUCGUGGCUACGUCUGCCUGUGGGACGUUCGCUUCCAGCAGUCCGUUCACGGCGAGGCGGGGCUGUGGGACGUCGUCAGUGGGAGGUGCCGGCAGGUGCUCCGCUGUCUUGGUCCCAUGGAGGCGGAGGCCGCCGCCGCUGCCGCCACCGUCCCAGCCGCCCUGAUGCCACAGCCAUCUCCACCAUCUCCCCACCGCGUCCCGUCGUCCACGGGGGGGACAGCGGGCACGUGCACGGGUACGGCAGGGCCCGGCGGCAUCUCCGGGACAACAACCAGCACGACUGGAUCUGGACUUGAGCACGCGGCCGUUCAGCCCCGUACGGCCGGCGCACGGUGCUUGCUGUCGCUGCAGGGCGGGGCGCUGCUGUGGGGCGGCAGCGAUGCGGCGGUUCGUUACUGGGACACCUGCCGGCCCGCGGGGAGCUACGCGGUGUGCGGGCCGCUGUGGCCGGGGGACUCCCUGAGUGACGGUACAGCUGCCUCGGGGCUGAGUGUGCCCGAGUACAGGUACAAGUACCUGACUCGGGCGGUGGGUGACGUGGCGGUGUGUGAGGAGCUGUGUCUGCUGGACAACUCCGCAUCGCGGCUCACGGAGAGCUGCCACGAGCUCAGGGAUCGGAAAUCCGUUACCAUGAGUAACCAUAUCGCCGUAUUGCACGCAUACGCUGCCGUACGAACAAAAAAUGUACUGCUGGCUCAACCUCAGGUUCGGGUCAACGACCAGGCCCACGCGGACGCUGUGACUGCACUGGCGGUGGCUGACCCACCGGGGAGCAGCCGGCUGCUACUCACCGCCAGCCGGGACGGCGUAAUCAAGGCCUGGAAGUAA